AUGCAGAACGCGGCUCCGCUCCUCCUCCUCGGCCAAGCAUGGCGUGCAGGCCAGCGGCAGGCCAUGGCCAUCUCGUGCUUGCUGCGCCACCGCGACGACGCUGCUAGCGCCCGGUCGCUACACGCAGCUGCAAACGAAUCGACGUCACACGAAAGCUCGCAAGCGGUGCCUCAAGUGCCGACGGUGGGGCUCGGCCAGGCGCUGCCGCACCUCACUCGCACGGGUUGCAUUUACCUCGACUACAACGCAACCACGCCCAUUUUCCCAGAGGUGGCGAAUGAAAUGGCGCCCUUCGUGUUUGAGCACUUCGGGAACCCAAGCAGCGGCCACGUGUACGGCCGAGCGUGCAAAUCGGCGCUGGACACGGCACGUCAACGUGUGGCUGCACUCAUUGCCGCGGCAUCCCCCUCAGAGGUGCACUUCACAUCCUGCGGCACCGAGUCGGACAACUGGGCUGUGUACGGAGCCGUGAUGGCGGCACGCGCGGCGGCGGCGGGGGCUGCGGGGGCUGCUGGGUACGUGCCGCAUGUGGUGGCGAGCGCGGUCGAGCACCCAGCCGUGCUGGCGCACCUGACCCACCUGCAGGAGCAGGGCCUGCUGAGCUACACGCUGGUGCCCGUGGACGGCGAGGGGCUGGUGUCGCCUGCCGACGUGGCGGCGGCCGUCACGCCCGCCACCUGCCUGGUCACAGUCAUGCACUCCAACAAUGAGGUGGGCGCCGUACAGCCCAUCGCGCACAUCGCCGCAGCCGCCCGCGCCGCACAUGCGCGCCUCACAGCCGGCGGCGGCGGCGCUACCAGCCCCAGCCCCAGCCUCAGCCCCAGCAGUAGCACUGGUGGCAGUAGCAGUGGCACUAGCGGCAGUAGCUGGCGGCCUCGGCUUCUGGUGCACAGCGAUGCGGCUCAGAGCACGGGCAAGGUGGAUCUGGAUGUGGGGGCUCUGGAUCUGGAUCUCAUGACGCUGGUGGGACACAAGUUCGGAGCGCCCAAGGGCGUGGCGGCGCUGUAUGUCAGGCACGGUACCGCCCUGCCCAACUACUUUUACGGCGGCGGGCAGGAGGGCGGCCGCCGGGCGGGCACCGAGAACGUCAUGCAGGUGGUGGGUCUGGGCGCGGCGGCUGCCAUCACGGUGCGCGAGCGGCGGCAGCUGCAGACCCACAUGGGCGACAUGGCGCAACGGCUGCUGGCGGCGGUGCGGGCACAGGUGGCGCCGGCAGAGCAGGACAAGCUGCGUCUAAACGGCCCAGCCGACCCCACCCGCCGACUGCCCAACACGCUCAGCCUCAGCAUCCGCGGCCUCAACAGCGGCGCGGCUCUGGCGGCGUUGUCGGGGAGGCUGGCGGCGUCGGCGGGCGCGGCCUGCCACUCGUCGGGCGCGGCGUCGGUGUCGGCUGUACUGCGAGCUAUGAAGGUCCCCACCGACUACGCCACGGGCACGCUGCGCCUGUCCACUGGCCGCCACACCACGACAGCCGAGGUGGACGAAGCGGCGGGACUCAUUGUGGCGGAGGCGAGGAGGCAGGGCGUGCUGGCGCACUGAGGUCUGGCAGGGCUCGCGCGCGGGGCGUGCGACUUAUGGCUUUAGUUUUUGGGGUUUGUGUGGGUAAGGCCCGAGAGAGGGGAACGGCGCGUACCGUGAGGCGAAGAGCUUGGGGGCGGGAAAAUGUGCUCGGUGCGCCCGGGUGUGCGCGAGGUUGGAGCUGGUGUGGGAGGCCGGCUGGCGGCGCGCGGCCGCGCUCCUGCAACUGCGAGGAGCCGGGCUGCAAAAUCUGCAGUAACCGUCGGAGGAGGCUGGAGAGGAGGAUGAGGGGACGAAAACGAAUAUUGUGUGAGGAGGAGGAGGUGCCGUGGAUGCCAGGUGGCCUGGGA